AGUCCCCGGAAAAAUCAAACAGUCCCCAUAGAUCUGCUGAAGACCUAACCGCCCGUUAGGGUAACUAGAGAUACAGUGAAUAAGUGGGUAGGCCUACUGGAUUGGAAUCCAUAAAAGACACAGAGCCGUUCUUCAAGACCUAGAAGAGAGCGUGAAGAAAUUAACUCGUCUACACUAGCUUAUGAAAAGUAUUGGAUAUUGGAGUGGCCCUAAAUUUGCAGGGGUACGUUACUAGAAUUUUUGUAUGAAUAUUUCAAAACAUAUCUCCUAUAUUUGGCUUUUUUUUUCAGCUGCAUUGGUUUUCAGUUUUUUUGGGAAUGCAUCAGUUACAUACAAUACAGCUGUGACUACUAGUCUCUUAAUCGAUGGUGGUUUGUGAACAUUUAUGAACAUAAAUGCAAAUUCUUAGUCUAUGAGCAUAGAGCAUCACAAGUGAUUGGUUAGCUAAAGAGUCGAGUGGAUGAAAAUAGCUUUAAAAUAUGCAAUAUGAUAGAAUGGUGUAUCCUGCGUUUUUACCAAUUCGUUUAUUAAGCGAUUAUCCUUAUCCACUUGAAUGCUUGACGUGUUAUGACAAUUUUCUACUGGUAGGUACAAAACAAGGCCUUCUGUUAGUCUAUGAAUUAACACCAAAAAUUACUAGUCAUCAUGAGUUUUUCAUUCCAAGUUUAAGUUGUUUAAAUGGUCACCUGAAAGAAAUUCCAUUCAAGGAGGAAAUUUCUUCGGAUCCUAUAUCACCUUCUCCGCUUCCUUCCUUUUUUACACAUGUGAAAAUUACUCGUACUCUAGGCAGAAAACCUAUCACUCAACUUGCUGCUAUCGCUGAAUUUAAUAUUUUACUGGCGCUUGCAGAAGGUCGUAUGAGUGUUUAUCAACUACCUAACUGUCAACUGAUCACAACUGUUCCAAACAGCAAAGGAGCUUCACUAUUUGCUUAUUGUAUGGAAUAUUCAAAAAUGUCGACUGUAUCAUCCUUCAAUGUAUCAGAAGAUUCAAUGAGGUUAGAUGUACCACAGUUAUCUUCUACGCAUAGUGAUAAUAAUACUAAUGAAACAAAUCUGAAUGAAUAUUCAAAAUCAAAUAAUUUAGAAUUACGAAUUUGUGUUGUUGUCAAACGUCAUUUACAUUUUUGGCGAUGGGAGCCCAAAACACGUGAGUUCAUAUAUCCUGGAGGUAUAAACGACCUAAUCACUCCAUCAUGGCCAACUGAAUUGAUUAUCUCAGAAGUAGUUCGUUCACUUGAAUUUUGUGGUUUAUCAAAACUUAUUAUUGGUCAUAGAGGUGAAUAUCUUCUGGUCAAUAUUUUAACUGGAGAGAUUCAGUUCAUUUCAGCUCCUGGUAGGAACCAGUUACCAAUAGUCGCUUCACUUCCCCAUUGUUUACAUUUAUCUAAUCUGGAUGAAGUUAUUCAGUCAUCUCUGCCUAACAGAUAUCAUUUCAAUACAUCCUUAUCAGCAAAUUUAUCUAUCAGUACAGAAAUCGCAGUGCAUCAGUCUACUUCAAAUAUCACAGAUAGUGACAAUAACUCCUGUUCGAAUGAUCAUCAGUAUUAUUGUCCUCUGUUGCCAGGUUCAUGUUCAUUUCUAGGCAUUGGACGUGAUGAUUCAUUCACUAUUGUUUCACCAUAUCAUGAAUUCAAGUCUGUAUUUCAAAUUCAAUGGUCAAAUGUACCUUAUCAAGUUCACGUUUUCCCACCUUAUAUAAUUGGAACUAUGGAUAACUCACUAGAAAUACGUGUACUGCAUCCAAAUCAGUUGAUACAACAAUUAUCAAUAUCUCGUGUUACAGCUAUGUGUCAUUCUGGUGGAUGGCUUUAUGCAAGCACAGCUCCAGUAAUCACAACAUCUCAUUUCACAGUAGAUUCCGCUAAUCAUCAGAAUCAUUCAAAUCAAUCGAUGCAUAACAAUUCUGGUGCACGCGGUAAGAAUACUAGCGGUAAUGAAAUCUGGCUUAUUCUGUCAGUGAACAGAUUAAAGUUUAUUCAAGAGUUAGUUAAACAAAAGGAAUUUGAAUUAGCUAUCUGUUUGGCUAAAACAGCAUUAUAUAGUGGUCAAAAUGCAAUAGAGACUCCACAGAUUACUAUACUGUAUGCAAUACAUUUAUAUCAUGAAAAAAAAUUUACAGAAGCUUUAAAUGUAUUCACUGAACAGUCUAUUAAUCCGAUUCAUGUACUUAGUCUGUUCCCCGGUAUGCUAUCUGAACAACAGCUACAAAAUAGAAUUGACUAUCCUUGUGAUGUUUCCAUUAUCAAUUCAUCUCAAAUGGUUGAUGCAUUUGAGCCAUUGAUCACAUAUUUGCUAACAUGGCGGCGUAUAUUAAAACAGCAGUCAAACAAGAUAUUUUUUAAACAAUCAAUAAUGUUGGACAGUUUAACAAAAGAAGCUGAAGAAUCACAAUUGUCACCUAGAAAUGAACAACAGAAGUCCUCUACAACUGUUGAAUUCACUUGUUAUUCAAUAAAAGAUAUAAGUGUGAUGAUUUUGUCGUGUACAAAACUUUUAGAAUUAAUUGACACCAGUCUUUUGAAGUGUUAUUUAUCAACAAAUACAGCUCGUAUUGCACCACUAUUACGUCAAGAAAAUUUGUGUAUUCUUGAAGAAUCAGUUAAAACAUUACAGGAGCAUAAACGUUAUCAGGAGUUAGUAAUGCUGUAUCAAUCUCGUGGUUUACAUCGUGAAGCUUUAUCGAUCCUACAACAGUUCAGUGUGAUACGUAUGAAACAGCACGGGCGGACAACAACAACAACAACGGACAUGUCAUUUAACAACAAAUUAUCAUUCAACUUCACCUUAGAGAAAAUGAAUCGUGGAUUAAUUGAACAACUUGGUCACCCAAAGCGUAUCAUUCAUUAUUUCAUUCAGCAUUUAAAUGCUUGCCAUAUUGAUCUACUGAUUGACUAUACAAAGUGGCAUAUGUUACGUUAUCCAACUAGUUGGAUGCGUAUCUUAUCCACUUGGGAGGCGAAACUUGCAGUGAAAUGUCAAAAUGAAUUUUCAGGGAAUAGAAUGUCAUCAGAUGAUAAUAAAGAGAAACAAGAUCAAUUCAUAACAUUCUGUUCAAAUUAUCGAAAUCAAAUUUUGCAUUAUAUGGAACAAUAUGCUGUACACUUGAUUAUUCCUUAUUUAGAAAUGAUCAUAUUUAUUCAUUGGAAUAAUCAAAAUGAUAAUAUGGACGAUGAUGAUUAUGAUGAAGAAGAAGAUGAUGAAGCUGAAUUGGAGGAGGAGGAUGGUGAAGUAGAAGAAGACAAUGACAUGAUGGAAGAGCACGGAGAUGAAUCAGAAGAGAAUACCAGAGGUGCAAUAAAUUAUGAUGAUGACGAUAGUCGUAGUAAUGAUAGUGCUAAUCAAAGCGUUGGUGAUGACCUACUCAUAGGCAAAGAUCAAUCGAAGUCUAUUAAUAUUGUUGGUAACCAUGCUGAAUUGAAACAAAAUCUAUCAAAAAAACCUACUGAACACAAAUUGAACAAAUCUAGCCCUCGUAGUAUUUCAGGGUUUAAAAUGUCCAGCUUUUCUCAAUUGUCUUGCACUUCUUUAGAUUCAAUGCAGUCUGGAUAUAUGUCUCCUGGCAAACGUUCAAAUCGAUUUAAAGAUAUGAUAUUGAAUUCUCUUUGGCCUUUCCCUGGUAGAAAUGAUUCUAAACGAAAACGUUUACCCAAUCCCACAGUGAAUAGCUUGGUGAAAGAAGAUAAUUCUUCUACAAUCCUUUAUGAUCAAGAUAGUUUACCUCCAAUUCCAAAAUAUCCUAAUUAUAUGGAUGUGUGUGAUAUACAUACACGUUAUGCAACAGCUUUAAUUCGUAGAGCACAGUCAUUACAACCGGCUAAUAAACCAUUUGCAUUUAAAGUUAGCGAAGAACAACCAAAGACUGGUGGUGUAGCACGAUUACGUCUACGAUUACUUCGAUUUCUUCUGCACUCUGACACGCAUUAUUCCUCUUGUCGUUUAUUGGAUAAGUGUCCUUAUGAUGGAUUUUUUGAAGAACGUGCCUUACUAUUGGCUAACUUGAAUAAACAUGAACAAGCCAUUUCACUAUGGGUUCACUUAUUAGACGACUGGAAUAGAGCUGUGAAUCACUGUGUACAUGUUUAUCAAAGAAGUGAAUCUUUCCAUGAUAAAACUAAUCAAAAUGAUAAUGAUUAUACAGAGAUUGGUAAUGUAUAUACAGAUUAUGGUGGUGUCAGUGAAAAAAGUAAUUAUGGUGUUGGUAGUGGAACAACCGGAGAAAAACUUUCGUUAUCAUCUUCAUCAUACAUUCAUAGUUCAUCAAUUUCAUUAGCUAAUUCACCAUCAUUGGAUAACAUUGUUUUAAACAACAAAACAGACAAUUUUAAAAAUAAAGAAACGCUUAUCCAUCAUACUAAUAACAAUAGUGAUACAGAUAUAUUUUUUGUACUUAUGCAAAUCUGUCUUCAACCUGCAGAACCUGCUACUUUGGGCAUUGUUUUACCCUCAUCAUCUCCCUCUAAAUUCACUCCGAAAACAAAGAAAGCUCUUGAAAUCUUACAUCAAUUUAGUACAUUUAUCGAUCCUAUUAAAGUGAUACGAAUAAUGCCUACAGUUGGCAUAAGUUCUGUUGGAGAUUACUUAAAGAACAUGUUUAUAUGUCAAGACAGUUCAUUAACUCAGUUAGUUUUCCUUCAAAAUGCUGCUAAAGCUGAGUUGAUUGCUUCAUGUACAGAUCGGAUAAAAGCCACAAGUAGUUAUAUUUCAGUUCUAUCAUCUACACGUUGUCGAACAUGUCGACGACGUAUUGGAAAUAGUGCUUUUGUUAAACAACCAACAAACGAUGAAUUAGAACAUUAUGGAUGUUCUAUAGAUUUAGUUCAUAAUGCUAAAAGUAAUAACCAAAUAAAUAGUUACAACAGAUGAAUAACUUUCUAUUUUCAUCUUUAUUUUUCAUUUUGUAAUUUUAUCUCCUUUUUCUUUUCUCUCUUUCUCUCUGCGUCUCACUGAUUUCAAGCUACAAGCAUAAUUUUAUACAAUAUAGAAGUAUACUACAUAUUUAUUUAUGAUAUCAAGUGAUUAACAAAUUCUUUUUUAUAUGUUACCAAUUUUAAAGCUUGAAGGAUAUACGAAAUGUUAAGUUACACUUGAUUUCUUCC